AUGAUUAUAUCUCUAAAAGCCUUACCACUUUUGGAAUGGCACUCAGAGUAUCUGUUUUUGAAAGCAUUUUUUAUACAGUCUGUCACCUAUGUUACUGGGACACUGUAUAAAGCGGAAAGUUUUCAUCAGCAGAAAGGUAUAAAAAGGACCUAUUCCAAUGAUUUUCUAUCGAAUUCAAAGCAGUUUUGUUAUUUUUUACCACAUUUCUUCAGAUCUAAAUCAAAAAUUUAUCACGAUUCUACAAAAAUGACAGAAUCUAUGGAGCAUGAACAAUUACAGCGGACGGGUUCAUCAAAUGACUCAUACUCAUUGGAGCCACAUGAAAAAGUUUCUGGUGAAAGCUUUAAUGAGUACCAUAGUGAGGUUCUAGAUGAGGCACCAGGGUUACCCAAAAAGCCGAUAACCGAAUACGCCGGAACCAUAUUAAUUUUCUUUUGUAUAGCGUUUGGUGAAUUUAUUUACGGUUGGGAUACUGGUACAAUAUCUGGCUUUGUCGCUUUUGAUAACUUUUUAGAAAAUUUUGGUGAAAAAAGGAAAGAUGAUACUUACUAUUUAUCAAAUGUCAGAACAGGAUUGAUAGUUGCCAUUUUCAACAUUGGCUGUGCCGUAGGUGGUAUCUUCCUGUCUAAAAUUGGGGAUAUUUAUGGACGUAAAAUAGGUAUUAUUUUUAUGAACGUUAUUUAUAUUAUCGGACAGUUAAUCUGUAUCACAUCAAUGAAACAUAAAUGGUACCAAUACACAAUUGGUAGGAUUAUCUCUGGUUUAGCUGUUGGAGGUUUCAUGACUCUAAUCCCCAUUUUUCUUGCAGAAACUGCUCCAAAACAUUUGAGAGGUUUGGCCAUAUCUGUCGGGAUGUUCAUGUGUACCUUAGGUAUCCUACUUGGCUACUGUGCCAACCUCGGUCUGAAGGAUUAUACUACUACAGCCCAAUGGAGGAUUCCCUUAGGAUUAACAUUCGCGUGGGCGAUUUUAUUGUUUGCUGGUGUAUUAGUCACUCCGGAAUCUCCACGAUACUUAUGUGAGUGCAAAAAAAUUGAACUGGCAAAAAAAUCUGUUGCCAGAUCAAACAAGGUUCAUUCUGAUGACCCUGCUGUACAAAGUGAGAUAGAUGCAAUGUUAGCAAGCAUCCAAUAUGAAAAAGAAGUAGGAACUGCUAGUUGGGCAGAAUUGUUUUCUACCAAAGAUAAAAUAUUACAGAGAUUAAUUAUUGGAAUAUUCAUUCAAGCAUUUCAGCAACUAACAGGAGAUAAUUAUUUUUUCUAUUAUGCAACAACGAUUUUCAAAUCAGUCGGCAUGUCAAAUUCGUACAUCACUUCCAUAAUUUUAGGCGCUAUCAAUUUUGGUUCAAGCUUUAUCAGUAUGUGGUCUGUGGACCAUAUAGGUCGUCGUAGAUCCUUAUUAUGGGGGGCUGCAUUGAUGGCUAUUUGUAUGGUUAUUUAUGCUUCGCUUGGUGUUACACGACUAUAUCCGCAUGGCAGAAGCCAACCACCAUCCAAAGCGGCAGGUGAUGUCAUGAUUGUUUUCACCUGCUUGUAUAUUCUAUUCUUUGCUACUACAUGGGAACCUUGUGCCUGGCUCAUAGUGUCUGAAAUAUAUCCAUUAAGAAUUAGGUCAAAAGGUAUGUCUUUAGCAAGUUCAGCUAAUUGGAUUUUUGGAUUUUUGAUUAGUUUUUUUACGCCAUUCAUCAACUCUGCUAUACAUUUUUCAUAUGGGUAUGUCUUCAUGGGUUGUUUAGUGGCUAUGUUUUUGUUUGUGUUUUUCUUUGUCCCUGAGACAACUGGUUUAAGUUUAGAAGAAAUAGGUGAGAUGUUUGAGGAGGGCGUAUUGGCCUGGAAGUCAAGAGACUGGGUUCCUUCUGCAAAGAGAGAAGCAGGGUUCACUUAUACUACAAGUAAUAAUAGCAAGUUUUAG